AUGGCGUCCUUCGAAGAUUACGACGAGUUUGGAAACUACAUAGGCGCAGACCUCGACUCGGAUGAUGAAGACGAGGAGCUGCAACAGAACCAGUUCGCGCCUCAACAAGAUGUCCGGCCUCUUGAGGGCUUCGACGAGGAGCCCGAGCAAAACGAUGAAAUGGCACUCAUGGAGGUUGACGAGCCCGUUCAUAAUGCUGUGGUUUUGCAUGAAGACAAGAAGUAUUAUCCCUCCGCGUCCGAGGUUUACGGGGAAGACGUCGAGACCCUCGUCCAAGAGGAGGACGCGCAACCGCUGUCCGAGCCCAUCGUCGCCCCCAUCAAAGUGCGCAGAUGGACGGUGGAGGAGAAGGACAUGCCGGAAACGCGGUUCGACAAGGGGUUUUUGCUGAACAUGAUGGCGUUCCCCGAGUUCAUCCGCAACGUUGCUGUCGUCGGUCACUUGCACCACGGAAAAACGGCGCUGAUGGAUAUGCUUGCUUUCGAGACGCACAAGUUGACGUGGGAUUCAGAUAACCAGACACGGUACACCGACACCCACGUUCUCUCGCGCGAGCGCGGGAUUUCCAUCAAGUCCAGUCCCAUGUCUCUCAUCCUCCAGAAUAGCGCGGGCAAAUCCCACCUGGUUCAUCUCAUCGACACUCCCGGACAUGUCAACUUCGUGGACGAAGUAGCCAGUGCCAUUCGCUUGGUCGACGGUGUCGUCCUUGUCGUCGACGUAGUCGAAGGGGUGAUGUGCAACACGGAAGCCGUCAUCCGGCAUGCACUCCAAGAAAGUGUCAAAAUCACUCUUGUCGUGAACAAGAUCGAUCGACUAAUCCUUGAGCUGCGCAUCAAGCCUGCCGACGCGUACUACAAAAUCCGGCACACCAUUGAGGAGAUCAACAGCUUCAUCCACGGCAUUGACCCGGACCCAGAGCUGCGCCUCAGCCCCGAGAAGGGAAACGUUGCGUUUGCGAGCACGGACAUGCACUGGUGUUUCACCCUGCGGUCGUUUGCGCAGAUGUACGCGGACAGUUACGGCGACCUCGACGUGGGGGGCUUCGCCGACCGUCUUUGGGGCGACAUCUGGACGGAUGGUCACAAGUUCACUCGCAAGCAACCUGAUACAGAAGCGAAUCGCAGUUUCGUGCAUUUCAUCCUUGAGCCGUUGUACAAGCUCUACAGCCAGGUGCUCAGCGAGGAGACGGACCCACUUAAGGAGACCUUGGCCGGCCUUGGUAUUGAGCUGAAGCCUGUCAUGUACAAGAUGGACGUGCGGCCACUGUUGAAGGUCGUCUUGGACCAAUUUUUCGGCCCUUCCGUGGGUUUGGUCGACAUUAUCUCAGAACAUAUUCCAUCACCUGCAGAGGCUACCCGGUCAAAGGUCGAAAACACCUAUCUUGGCCCUUUGUCAUCUGAGCUUGUCCACACAAUGCAGGAGUGCAACCCUGAAGGUCCAGUUAUGGUGCAAGUUGCGAAGCUAUACCAUACAACCGAUGCACAGUCUUUCCGUGCGUAUGGGCGUGUAAUCAGCGGCACCGUCCGCAAGGGCAUGGACGUCAAGGUCCUCGGCGAGGGAUACUCUCCAGAAGACGAAGAAGAUAUGGCGAAAGCGACAGUUGAUGAUCUUUGGAUCGCAGAAGCGCGGUAUUUCAUUCCUGCCGAAGAGGUACCUGCAGGAAACCUCGUCCUCCUUGGUGGUGUCGACGCGUCGAUAUCUAAGACGGCCACUAUCGUGUCAAUGAAUAUCGAAGACGACCUGCACAUCUUCAGACCAAUCAAGCACAUGACACAGUCGGUUCUCAAGAUCGCUAUCGAGCCCAUAGCGCCGUCAGAGUUGCCGAAGAUGCUGUCUGGUCUUCGAAGCAUCAACAAGUCUUACCCUCUCGUUGCGACCAAGGUCGAAGAGAGUGGUGAGCAUGUUCUCAUCGGCACAGGCGAGCUGUACCUCGACUGUGUUAUGCACGACCUGAGGAAACUCUUCUCGGAGAUCGAGAUCAAGGUGUCGGACCCGAUCACCAAAUUCUGCGAGACUGUUCUCGAGAUGAGUGCGCUGAAAUGCUACGCCGACACGCCGAACAAGAAGAACCGCCUCACGAUGAUCGCUGAGCCUCUCGAGCGCGGUAUCGCGGAGGACAUCGAGACCGGGCGGGUGAACAUGCGCAUGACACCGAAGGAGCGCGGCAAGUUCUUCGAGGAUAAAUACCAGUGGGACCUUCUCGCGUCGCGGUCAAUAUGGGCGUUCGGGCCUGACGACAGUGGACCUAACAUCCUCCUGGACGACAUUCUGCCUUCACAGAUCGACAAAAAGCUCCUGACCACUGUGAAGGACCAUAUCAAGCAGGGCUUCCAGUGGGGUACUCGUGAAGGCCCACUAUGUGACGAACCUAUGCGCAACGUGAAGUUCCGGAUAAUAGAUGCGAGUCUUGCGCAGGAGCCAAUCUAUCGAGGGGGCGGACAGAUUGUGCCUACUGCUCGGCGCGUUUGCUACUCGUCAUUCCUCAUGGCUACUCCUCGAUUGAUGGAGCCGAUAUACGCGGUGGAGGUACAAGCCCCUGCAGACUGUAUCUCCGCGGUGUACACCGUUCUCGCACGACGUCGCGGUCACGUCAUUCAAGAUGUGCCAAAGGCUGGUUCGCCUCUCUACACCCUCAAGGCUGUAAUCCCUGUUAUCGAUGCGAACGGGUUUGAGACCGACCUGCGAACUGCGACGCAAGGCCAGGCAUACUGUCUGCAGACGUUCAGCCAUUGGCAGACCGUACCUGGUGAUCCCACGGACACGAGUAUCAAGCUCCGGCCACUAGAGCCGGCGUCCGGGAACGCCCUCGCACGAGACCUGGUACUGAAGACGAGAAGGCGAAAGGGUCUGGGAGACCAGAUAGCCGUGUCAAAAUACCUGGACGACGAGUUCAUCGUACCGCUUUCUGCCAUCCUCGCCGUCGCGGCCACCACCGUCUCUGCGAGCGACGAGAUCUCCUUCAAGUCUACCUCCAUCAAGGCCCCCUUCCUUGAACAGUUCACCGACGACUGGUCAGAACGUUGGACGCCUUCCGAGGCGACCAAGAAGACUCCCGUUGGCACCGAGACCUUCAGCUAUGUCGGCAAGUGGGAAGUUGAGGAGCCCCUGGAGCCCCUCAUCUCGGGUGACAAGGGCCUCGUCGCUAAGACCAAGGCUGCCCACCAUGCCAUCUCCGCCCCCUUCGCUUCUCCCAUUAAGUUCGGCGAGAAGCCCGUUGUCGUCCAGUACGAGGUCAAGUACCAGAAGGGCGGCAACUGCGGUGGUGGAUACAUCAAGCUCCUCGAGAACGGCUUCCAGACCGCGGGCAAGGAGUUCGACGACAAGACUCCUUGGACCGUCAUGUUCGGCCCUGACUUGACCUGCCCGGGCACGAAGAUCCACUUCAUCUUCCGCCACAAGAACCCCAUCAACGGCGAGUUCGAGGAGAAGCACCUCAAGCUUCCGCCCAAGCCCAGCUUCGGCAAGGCAACCAACCUCUACACGCUCCACGUCUUCCCCAACAGCACCUACGAUGUGCUCUUUAACGGCGAAAGCUACAACCUCGGUGACAUGCUCGAGGAUUUCACUCCAGCUGUCAACCCCCCUGCGGAGAUUGACGACGCCGAGGACACGAAGCCUGAGGACUGGGUUGACACCAAGCGGAUCGCUGACCCCGAGGCAGUGAAGCCUGAGGACUGGGACGAGGACGCUCCCUAUGAAAUCCCCGACGAGGAGGCUGUUAAGCCGGAGGGUUGGCUCGACGAUGAGCCCGAGUUCGUGCCCGACCCUGACGCCGAGAAACCUGAGGAGUGGGAUGACGAGGAGGAUGGUGACUGGAUCGCGCCCACUGUCCGCAACCCCAAAUGCGACGACGCCCCAGGAUGCGGCGAGUGGACACGCCCAUACAAGGCGAACCCCGCCUACCGUGGCAAGUGGUACGCCCCCAUGAUCGACAACCCCGAGUACAAGGGCGAAUGGGCUCCCCGGAAGGUCCCCAACCCUGCGUUCUUCGAGGACAAGACUCCCGUGAAGAGCCUCGUCCCCAUCGGUGGCGUCGGCAUCGAGCUUUGGACGAUGUCCGAGGACAUCCUCUUCGACAACCUCUACGUCGGUCAUUCCAUCGAGGACGCCCGCAAGCUCGCGGAGGAGACCUACUUUGUCAAGAAGGCGAUGGAGGAUGCGGCACUUGAGAAGGACAAGGUUGAGGAUGAAGACGAGGAGGCCGUUGUUGACUUCAAGUCCGACCCGGUCGAGUUCAUCCGCUCCAAGGUGUUCAAGUUCAUCGAUCUCGCCAAGGUUGACCCUGUCCUCGCGUUCAAGACCCACCCUGAGACUGGCGCCGGUCUUGCGCUUGCUGGUCUCACCCUGUUCGGUAUGCUCGGCGUCCUCCUCGGCUUUGCCGGCUCGCAGCAGGCUCCCAUCACGCAGUCCACCAAGAAGACCGACGCACCAACGGCCGACGACAAGAAGAAGACGGAGACCGCGCCCGUCGCACCUGCAGGAGGUGAGAAGAAGGACACGACUGUAAAGAAGCGGAAGUAA